AUGAAGUCGACAACUGCUCUGUUGGGCCUCCUCGGCCUGGCUGGCUCAGCUCGUGCUGAUCCCACAUGGCCAAACGCGAUAGACGAGAUUGAGGAGAUUAUGACCCAGCUUCAGUCGUUCCGCGCACGCAAAUUUGCCGACACCGUGAGCCCAUGCUCCAACGAGGCUUCGGGCCCAGGCCGACAGAACGCUGCCGAGUGGCUCCGUGUCGGCUUCCACGACAUGUCCACGGCAAACACUUUCUUUGGCAUUGGUGGCCUCGACGCCUCGCUUCAGUAUGAGCUAAACGAUGGCGAAAACACCGGCCCUGGCCACAAAACGACGCUGGAGUUCAUGGCCCCGUAUCUCUCUCCUCGAUCUUCCUUGGCUGAUUUGAUUGCCUUGGGUGUCUAUACAUCCGUUCGCUCUUGCGGUGGCCCUGCUGUUCCAAUUCGCGUCGGCCGAAUAGAUGCCACCCAGGCGGGACCCGUGGGCGUGCCUCAGCCCCAAAACUCAGUCUUUACCUUUCAGCAGCAAUUUUCUCGUAUGGGCUUCAACACCCAGGAAAUGAUCCAGGUCACUGCCUGUGGUCACACUCUCGGUGGUGUUCACAACACCGAAUUUCCCACUCUUGUUCCUAGCGGGUCUGGUGUCGAUGGCGAGGGGAGUCUUGACUCGACUGAUGCUGUUUUCGACAACAAAGUCGUAACUGAAUACCUAUCUGGAAACACCACAAACCCUCUUGUUGUCGGCCCCUCAGUCAAGCUUGGCAUGAAUUCCGACUUCAAAGUAUUCAAUGCCGAUGGUAACCAGACUAUGGAGGCUUUGGCCGAUGCCAAUAACUUCACCUCUGUUUGCAAGACUGUGCUGCAAAAAAUGAUUGAAGUUGUUCCUCCGAGCGUCAAGCUGUCCGACCCCAUUGUGCCCUACAAGAUUAAGCCUGUAAACAUGCAGCUGACACUCAUCAAUGGCGGCAGCACUCUUCAACUCACGGGCUACAUCCGCGUCAAGACCACCGGCCUUGCCCAGAACAGCAUAUCCAGUGUAUCCAUCACUUACAAGAACCGCAAGGGCACUACUGAUUGUGGCCUCAGUUCUUGUGUUGUAACGGCCACCGUUCAGGGUGUUAGCCAAGGCUUCGACGAUACCUUCAACUUCUAUCCCAUUGCGGCUAACAUCCUUGCCACGUCGGGUAUCUCGUCCUUUACCAUUACUGUCAACAACGCUGAUGGUACCAAGGACUUGUACGACAACAACGGCCAAGAGUACCCAAUCCAGGAUGCAAUCGUCUUCCAGGCUCCCCAGAGCUGCGUUCUUGGAUCCUCUGGAGCUCUGACUGCUGUGGCUGCUGUUCGUAACGACCGCCUUAGCCAGGGUGCGCAGGCCAGAAUCUGGUACAAGACUCCUCAAACUACUAGCCCCGUUCCUCUCCUGCAGAAUACCACCCUCGACCUCCAAAAAGGACAGUGUGUCGGACCGUAUACUUUAUUCAACGUCGAUUACACUAUUCAAGGCGGCCUAGCUUACGAAGGAUACGUCGAUGUCAUAAGCGGCGACCAGUCCGAUAGCUUCAAGGCUCUUACCGGCAUCGGUGGCACUUGCCGUGCUUUCGCCAAUCCUGCCACAUGCAAUGGCGGCGAUUCAGGAUCUGUUGGCUCAACGAGCAUCCCAACUCUUCCGGCCACCACUUCUGCUGCGCCUACAUCUGAGCCUGCAACCAGCGAGCCGAUUACCUCUGAGCCACCCACGACGGUACCUCCUACAACAGUGCCUCCCACCACGACAGUUGCUGCUCCCACUCACCGCCCUACGGUCGGAGGAUAUGUGAUGGUCUCUUGCUGGACGGAGGGUGAUGCCGUGCGUGCUCUAAGCGGCAACUCGUACGCCAAUGACUCGAUGACGUUGGAAAGCUGCAUGGACUACUGCAGUAGCUACGUCUACUGGGGAACUGAAUACGGUCGAGAAUGUUAUUGUGGCAAUACGCUUGCUAAGAGCAGUGAGGCGGCUCCUAUCGACCAGUGCAACAUGGUCUGCGCUGGUGACGCCAGUGAAUUUUGCGGUGCCGGCAAUCGCCUUGAACUCUAUUCUACCACUGUCACUCAGCCUCCUUCUCCCACUGGUACCUUGACUCAUGAGCCCACUGUUGGUCCGUAUACACUGGUGGGUUGCUGGACGGAGGGUCAAGGUGUUCGCGCUCUGGGCCAGGAUGCUACCCUCUCAGAGAGCAUGACAAACGAGGCUUGUGCCAAGUUCUGCUCAAACUAUAGGUACUUUGGCACUGAAUAUGGUGAUGAGUGCUAUUGCGGUAGCUUCCUCGAGAGCACCAGCGGAACUGCCCCUCUGGCUGAUUGUAACAUGCCCUGCGCUGGCAACCAGUUCGAAUACUGUGGAGCCAGCAAUCGCCUUGAACUUUAUAUAAAUCCUAACAUUACUGGUGGCUCGCCUGAACAGCCCGCUGCCGCCGGCGACUUUGUAUUUGUCGGCUGCCAAACAGAGGGCAACGGCACCCGUGCCCUGACUGGUUCUGCCAGCGCUACAGGUACCAUGUCGAAUGAAGCCUGUGCCACGUUCUGCGAUGAUUUCACAUACUUUGGCACCGAGUACGGCAGCGAAUGUUACUGUGGAAACACUCUUGCUGCGUCUUCUUUGGUGGCUCCCGCGUCCGACUGCAACAUGCUCUGCAGCGGCAACGAUCUUGAGUACUGCGGCGCAGGUAACCGCCUGUCGCUCUACAAGAAGAAGCCCACUCAAAUCACAUAG